AUGUUUUCUUCAGCUUAUUCUUCCUCCUCUGCCAGCUUGAAGAAGAGAAAGAGAGAGAGCAAGGCCAAGGCUGGUCAGCAGAAACGUCUGAGGGAGGAAAGUGAACGUCCAGUGAGAAAGAUCACUGAGGGCUAUGAAGUUUAUGAGGCUGUGAACAAACGUCGUCAUACCAUGGAGUUAGCGAACAGUUUUUUGAGGGCUGAAAAGAUGAAACUCCUUGGGUAUUUGAACGACAUCCACUUGUUUAUCUGCAAGUUUCAAGAAACUGGUUUUGAUGGCAACCCCCUUCCAAAACCUCCACUGUCUAUGCUUGAUUAA